AUCUUAUAACUGAAAUAGCUACCAUAACCAAUUUUUGUCACUUGUUAUUUAUUCUCCAAUAUAGUGGAGUAAACAAAGUAAAAUAUAUUAAAAAACCUAGUCAUCAAUGGUUUAUUUCGUAUUGUUCUAUUUAUUAGUAUAAAAUAAAAUGAGUUCAAAGAAGGGCAAGCGUAAUUUAGGUAAUAAGCAUUUUCCAAUAGCCGAGUCUGUAAGUAUAGCUCUGAAGAUACAGUUGGAUAAGUUUUUAAACGACGAAAAUGAAACAGAACUUCAGUUUCCUACGUUUUUGUCGGCUCAAGAACGAGGAUUCAUUCACGAGACUGUCGCCAAGUUGGGGUUGAAGUCUAAAUCGCGCGGGAAAGGUGUGAAUCGGUACUUAACUAUAUACAAGCGAGUGGGAUCAACUAUUAUUCAAAAUGAUGCAAAGCUCAUACUCGACUCAAACAUGCGUUGUGUUAUCAAAGAAGUCUUCAAUGCAUUUCCGAUAACGGCCAAAGAAAAGGAAGAUUUGUCUUUAUCUCCUGAAAAAGAACGGGCUCCUCAGCUUAUUCACAAAACACUGGGGCAAUUGAAUAAUGGUGUGGCACAGAUACCGAAUACAACGUAUAAUCCAGAUUUACUGAAAUUUAGGGAAAAAUUGCCAGUGUAUGAGCAAAGACAGGAUUUACUGAAUGCAAUUUUACAUAAUCAGGUAAUAAUUGUAGCAGGUGCAACAGGAUGUGGCAAGACUACCCAGCUCCCUCAGCUGGUGCUAGACUAUUGCCAAGAGCACAAGCAGCCAGCCAGGAUAUAUUGCACUCAGCCUAGAAGAAUUUCUGCAGUUUCAGUUGCAGAGAGGGUGGCUUAUGAGAGAAUGGAGAAAAUAGGUCAGUCUAUUGGCUACCAGAUAAGGUUGGAGUCGCGUGUGAGUCCUCGGACUGUACUUACAUAUUGUACCAAUGGUGUACUGCUACGGACGCUCAUGGGUGGUGAUACUGCUCUUACUGGUGUGACGCAUGUGCUGGUGGAUGAGGUGCACGAGCGCGACAAGUUCAGCGAUUUCCUGCUGGUGGCUCUGCGGGACGCGCUCGGACGACUCAAAGACCUCAAGCUGGUGCUCAUGUCCGCCACCAUGGACACACAGAUAUUUUCCAGGUAUUUCAACAAUUGUCCUGUGAUAACCAUCCCCGGCCGCCUCCACGAGGUCCAACGUUACUACCUGGAGGAUAUCCUGAAGAUGACCAAGUACACCACCAAGAAGAUGGUACAGGUUGAAAGGGAACUGAAAGCUAAGCUCAAAAGCGGGCAGAGUUACUGGUCACACCUCGAAGGACAGAAACAGAGCCCGGAAGAGAUCAGCAAGGACGAAAAGGAAGCUAUCGAUCCGGGUCUCCAGGCCGACAUGGACGAAUUCCUGGACGAAUGUUUCAACGAGGGCAGCCUGGACUCGUUCAGCCAGCUGCUGUACAUGUUCAUGUCGGAGGGCGUGCCGGCGUCGCUGGCGCACUCGCGCUGCGGCCGCUCGGCGCUGGCGGGCGCGGCGCUGCGCGGCCUGCGCGACGUGGCCGAGCAGCUGCUGCGCAUCGGCGCCGAUCCGACACUGAAGGACAAGAGCGGGAAGACGCCGUACGAUCACGCGGUCGAAAACGGCCACACAGAGUGCGCCAAGCUGCUGGCGACUUUCGACCGUUCGGAGGAGGCUAAGAAUGGCCAGGAAGAGGAUACCUCGGCCGAUGACUUCCUGCUGGACGUUUACAACCACGCCUUCUCGGAGGAGCUGAUCGAUCACGAUCUGAUGCUCGCGCUGGUCAGGCACAUACACAUGAACAUGCCCAAGGGGAGUAUUCUAAUAUUCCUGCCGGGGUACGACGACAUCGUGGCCCUAAGGGACUUGAUUCAAAGCUGUACAGAAAUGAACGUUAUGAAGUACCAGAUUUUCACAUUGCAUAGUAAUAUGCAAACGUUGGACCAAAAGAAGGUGUUCAAUCCUUUACCAAAUGCGAGGAAGAUUAUUAUUUCGACCAACAUUGCGGAGACGUCCAUAACGAUCGACGAUGUCGUUUACGUCAUAGACUCCUGCAAGGUAAAGGAAAAGUAUUAUGAGUCAAAUGGUGGUGUCUGCUCGUUGCAAUGUGUGUGGACCUCGAGGGCCUGUUGCCAGCAGAGAGCGGGCCGCGCCGGCAGGACCAAACCCGGCCACUGCUUCCACAUGUGUUCCAAGCGGAGAUUCAAAACUCUACCUCUCAAUUCCGUACCAGAAAUACUGCGAGUUCCUCUACAAGAACUGUGCCUUCACACUAAACUAUUAGCCCCGGGCAACACGCCGAUAGCCGAUUUCUUAGCGAAAGCUCUAGAACCACCCUCAUUUUUGGCCGUCCGCAAUGCAGUCACUUUACUGAAAACGAUCGGAGCAUUAACCUCUAUGGAAGAUUUAACGGAAAUUGGUCAACAUUUGCUAGAUCUCACAGUCGAACCAAAGCUGGGCAAAAUGCUGCUCUACGCGUGUGUCAUGAAAUGCCUCGACCCGAUCUUGACAAUCGUAUGUAGCUUAGCCAACAAGGAACCGUUCCAGAUAUCGAUGAAUCCCGAAAACAGGAAAAAGGGCGGAUUAGCCAGAAAAGAAUUUGCCGCUGACUGCUACUCUGACCAUAUGGCGUUGCUCAGGGCAUUCCAAGCCUGGCAGGCCGCCAGAGCCAAUGGCACGGAGAAGGCUUUCUGCGCUAAGUAUUUAAUUUGCGGUGCGACUAUGGAAAUGAUUGUGGGCUUCCGAUCUCAAUUAUUGGCCCAACUUAGGGCUUUGUGCCUCGUCAAAGCCAGAGGCUCCGGUGACAUUAAAGAUGUGAAUAUUAAUUCUGAAAAGUGGCACGUUGUUAAAGCCGUCCUUGUGAGUGGUCUCUACCCCUCUAUAGCAAGAGUAGACAGGGACUCGAGUACGUUGAGGACUUCUAAAGAAGUAAAGGUCGCCUUCCAUCCAAGUUCUACCUUACACCGCGGAGGUGGAGUCACAGGGUCGCAAAAGUCGGUCCAAAAUCUGCCGACUGAUUGGGUUGUUUUUGAGGAAAUAUCGCGUGUUGGUCGCUUUUGUUUCAUUCGUUGCAAUACUUUAAUAACUCCACUAACAGUUGCUCUAUUCGGAGGGCCACUAAGACUCAAGAGCGGGGCGUUUACCCAGAGAGCAAACCCUCCAGGUCUAUCGAGUGAUUCGGAUAGUGAAGCAGACGAAAACAACUCGUCUCCGGACACGGCAGUGUUGACGCUCGAUGACUGGAUGGCGUUCACGGCCGACGCGUCCGACGCCAUCAGUGUUUACUAUUUGAGGCAAAAGCUUAGCGCUCUAGUGCUCCGUCGCAUGUCGAACCCCGCCAAACCUAUGAGUCCGUUAGAUGAACAAAUUUUAAGUACAGUGGUGCACGUCAUCGGCGCCGAAGAGAAAAACAUAGGACUGAUUCAACCGAGCGGCAUCGGACAGAGGCCCAAGCCUUUGACGUUAGAUUCUCCCAAUUGGCGAAUGCGCGUAGACGAAGAACAGUACCGGCACGAGAACAAAUACUAUCCACAGUACGGUCAAAACGACUACGGAAACAACUACUACCAGAAUAGUUACGGGUACAGGAACGGUCAAAGGCCGGGAUGGAGGAACGACGGCAUGCCGCAAGGGUUCUCGCCUCAGUCCUACAGCGGGCCGAAGAGCCCCAUGUCCCCCAACGGGAAGCUGCUGCUGGCGAACAUCGAGAAGUACGCGGAGGCCAGCGACGGCAGCGUGCGCUACUUCGUGGCCAAGGCGGACGACGUGCACGCCGUGGAGGCGGCGCAGGCCAGCGGCAGCUUCGCCUUCUCGCAGAACACCGCCAAGAAACUGCAGAAGGCCCAGCAGGAGGGUCACCGCGUGGUGGUGCUGUUCUCAGUGGCCAGCGCCUCCAAGUUCGUGGGAGCGGCCGCGCUCAUGGACUCCGGCGCGCUGGACUGGCUCAGCGGGCAGCACGCUCCGUACCACAUGCUACGACACAUAGCGAAUUCUCUGACGGGCGGCAGCCGCGUGGCGGGCGCGCGAGAUGGCACGGAGUUGUGCGGCGCAGCGGGGCGGGCGAUGCUCGCAGCACUCACGUCUCGGAGGAGACACCCGCACGCGCAGCACUCGCAACACUCGCAGCACACACAGCACACACAUGGGCAGCACUCGCAGCACGCCCAGCACGCCCAGCACGGCCAUCCUCACCAGCCGAGACCCAUUCAGAAGCACUCCGGUGACCUAUAGUGGCGUAAACGAUACGGGAGACCCGAAGACGGCCUCUAGUAUUCGCUUUUAAACUAAAAAGCAACGCAAAACGGUUAGGUUCGGCAUGAGCUUGAAAAGGACUGAGAUUUGAUGUCGCGCGGUGACGGUCGCGUCAUUAUAUAUUAUGUAACUUUUAAGAAUGUCCUGAUUUAUUAAGUAUUCACUCAGACACAUUUUAUUGUAUAUUAAAUAUUUUAAAAAAAGAAUCGUCGUCACUCAUCGAUUUCUAAAAUCUAUACACCUCUAUUACUUGUGUACAACGCAAGGUCGCACGACCUGAUAAACUAUUUGUCUAUGAAUGUUUAAAGAACUAAGCUUCGUUAUGCUAGUUAUAGCUUAGUAAAUAUAACUAAUGGUUGUUUGUUUAUAUCAAUAUGAAUCGGUUAAGUAAAUGGACCAGCCGCUAGGUGACAUGCGCUCUUGCCGCACUAACUGCACUAGCCGCACUAAUUAAAAACAACGUUGAAGAUUAUAGAAAAUAUUCGUUAAGGUGCUCGUAGCAAUGAAGCUAUUACUUUUAAUAAGAAUAAGUAACGAUUAAUUUUGUGAUAAAGUUAAUAAUUAUUUUUAUUAACAACUUGUUUCUUGUGAAUUUAAUAGU